CACCGCUAGCGGUUAUUUCACAAGGAAGCAGUGAAAGUUGAAGUGGGAAGAUGUUUAAUUAACAGCUUUUACAGUUUGUUAAUACGUCUGCGUAUUUAAUGUAACAGUUAAGCAAAGGUCGAGUUGAAAGAAUAGCUAGUAAUUUUUUUAAUUCAACUCCAAGUCUUUUCUCUCGCCGUAAACGCUGUUCUGUUAUCGCGAGCGAUUAGACGUUUUAUUGUGCGCUCGUGAUAGUGGUGCAUGUGCGUUUAUUCACGUUCAAUUAAUGCUGCUGCUGGGGCGGAUAGGUGUCAUUACUUAUAGCGGUUCGGUUCUUUCACUCUCUUUAAGGAGCAUUGGGUUUCUAGCGCGUAAGAUCAUGAAUUCCAGCCCGAGAGCGAAGUGCAUGAGUGAUGGAGCUGGAAGUGUAGGCAGAUGCGUCGAGGACGACGCGGUUUCAGACAGACCUGCUGGAGGAGACUCACUGAUGGCGGCCGAGGAGAGACAUCCAAGAUCUGCCAGUCCCCGCGGUGUGAACGGAGAAGAUGAUUCUGAAGCGGAGUCCCAUCAGGACGGCCGUAACGUGGAUGUGGACCCGGAGACCAGGAGGAGGGCGUUCAGCUGGUGCCGUGACUUUCUGUCCGGAUCAUGGAAGGCUAUAUCAGAGCACGACUUUCAGAUCAGUAUAGUCAGUGGAGGACUCAGUAAUCUGCUGUACAUGUGCAGUUUACCUGACGAUGUUCAGCCCACCGGGGUCGAACCCCGACGAGUUCUGCUCCGGAUCUACGGGGCCAUUCUACAGGGAGUGGAUUCUCUUGUUUUGGAAAGUGUUAUGUUUGCCAUUUUAGCAGAGAGAGAGCUGGGCCCACAUCUCUAUGGCAUUUUCCCAGAAGGUCGUCUGGAGCAGUACUUGCCUAGUAAUCGCUUGUGUACGGAGCAGUUGGGGUUCCCAGAGAUCUCAGCUGAAAUAGCCAGUAAAAUGGCACGAUUCCAUAGGAUGGAGAUGCCAUUCAACAAGGAACCCAAAUGGCUGUUUGCAACCAUUGACCGGUAUAUGGAACAAGUUAAAACAAUCAAAUUUGUGCGUGAAGCUCACAUCAAGAAAUUUACCAAGCUAAAGAAGUAUGAUCUUCCUGCAGAACUGGAGAAUCUGAGAUCACUGCUGGCAGCUACCCUCUCUCCAGUUGUGUUCUGCCAUAAUGACGUACAGGAAGGCAAUAUCCUCAUGUUAGAUGGCCGAGAGAAUUCAUCUGACAAAUUAAUGCUUAUUGAUUUUGAAUACAGCAGCUAUAACUACAGAGGCUUUGAUUUUGGGAAUCAUUUCUGUGAAUGGAUAUAUGAUUACACAUAUAAUCAGUGGCCCUUCUACAAGGCAAAGGUGGAGAAUUACCCCAACAGACAACAGCAGUUACAUUUUAUCAGACACUAUCUGUCUGAAAAGGGGGGCAUUGCACCUGCUGACCAAGCCAGGAUAGAAGAGGACAUGAUCAUUGAGGCAAACCGGUUUGCCCUUGCGUCUCAUUUCCUCUGGGGUUUGUGGUCCAUUAUUCAAGCCAAGAUCUCCAAAAUCGAGUUUGGAUAUAUGGACUAUGCACAGCACAGGUUUGACACGUACUUCAAACAGAAGAAGCUCUUUUCCUAAAUUGUGACUUGAGCAUAUGCUUCAGGAUAUCAUUUUGCAUCACCUAUUGUUUAGGUAUUGAUUUAAAAAAAAAAAAAAAAAAGAAAGAAAGAAAGGGCACAGUACGAAACAAUUAAGACUGCUAAAGAACGGUUCAUCCUGGGGAACAUUAGUUUUAAAUAAUAAAAAGUCCAAAGAUAACCUGCCUUAAAGUCACAUUUUGUAGGGCUUUAUCAUAGUUGUUCUUGUUCCUACCAAAAAAUUAGAAGGUAAAAAGUUACAAAUUAUCUGCAAUUGGGAGGGAUAGAAUUUUGUGACUGAAACCUAGAUACAAUUCACGUACUGUUCGUACCUCUUCAUUGUACAUGGCGAACUGUAACAUUCAUUUUGUCAUUUCUAAUAAUGUAACUGCAUUUUUGAAUAUUUAAUGUGUUUACAUUUUAUCUAACUUGCGUGUGAUUUUAUCAAGAAUCAAUCUGUCCAUCAUAAUUACUGUGUAAACCACAGGGUCCAGUGAUAUCUCUUCAUUUUUGUAUCCUAGUCUCAACAAAAGCAGCGUCGUAGCUUAUUUAAUUUUCCUCCCCAGUGUUUUAAAACAUUGCAAAAUUAUUGCAUCCUUCCUAUAUUUACAUACUGUGAAAUACAUUGCACAUCUUUUUUAAACUCAGGAGUCAAUUUAUUAGUUUCAGAAUGGCACAUAAACUACUCUUUCUUUCUGAUUUUGAUGCCAUUUAACUUUCAAUUGAAAAAAAAAAUUAAUAGGAAUUAAUGUGCUUUUCUGUGUUUUACUUUGGAUUUGACCAGUCUUUGCUCUGCCAUAUUGAUAUGUAGCAAUAACUAUUGUCUACGGCCAUCCUGUAUACAUUUGUAUAUAGGUUUAAAUAUAGUCUGAACUGCACAUAAAGGAAAUACCACCUCAAGAACAGAAGUUUAAUUACUAAACUGACAAAUGCGUUUGUCCCCUUUCUAAACACCAAGUUCUUUUAUGUAACUGCUGAUGUGGUUUUCUGUUUUAAUUGUUUUAUGGUAAUUUAUAUUUUUGUACUUGUCCAAAGCAAGUAUACUGUGUUUUGUUCAACCAAAUGGUAAAAGCUUCUCUGAAUCAUUCUUCAAUUGAAAAGUGGCAGAAGAAGAACAAUACAAAUGAAGGAUAGAAGCAUUACAGUGAAUUAGUGGGAUCAUCAUCUUAAGAAUCGUGGUACAUUGUUGGAAUCAUAUUGGGAGAAUUUGAAUGGUUAAAUUGAUGCUCUUGUUUUUGUCCCUGUCUAUAAACAAAUGUAUCUGUAUCAUUUUCACAAUGCUUUCUUUCCUGUAUGUUGUAGCACGUUCAGGGACAAAAUAAAUAUUGAGGGACCAUAUACAUUUUAAGCUAGGCUAUUUAACAUGCUCCCAAUAUCAUUGUUGAUAUUGAAUCUGUGAUUCGUAAUAUUGAGUUGAGAAGCAAUUGCACUGUUAAAACCAAUGUUAAUGUCUUUAAUUGUUUUGGCUAAUUCAAGUUAUACUGUAGACUUGUCUCUGGUAUGUUUCCUUUUGUUCCUUCGCUGUGCAGGUAUCCAUUAAUGCUGCUCAUUAAAAAAAUCAUACUGA